UUGAAACUGAAAUCAAACGGUUUGUUACUUGUUUUGCUCUUCAAAAUUUCGUAUUGCUGGUAAAAUUAUAGUUGGAAUAGUGAAAUAUACAUUUGCUAGAAGCAACGAGAUAGCAUGCAACGUGAAUAACAUUUGCAAUAAUGGUGUUUUUUAGUCCCAUCUAUCACUGUAUCACCCCAUCUUUAUUAGCAACAGUAAUGAUUUUUCAUCCUUUAGUCUUUUGUAGAUAAGAUUUUCACAGAUAUUGUCCCUUUUCUAGUUAAAUUCCCAACUUUUUUUUCAUUAAUUUAAGUAAAUAUUAUGUUUUCUAGACAGUUCGACGUACUUAAAAAGCUAGCUAUUUAUGAAUAGUGGUUGGGAAAAAACAAAGUGCAACGAUAUCUGCGUGCGAGUGUCAUUUGAAUAUCUUAUUUUUUAGUUUCCCAACGGUUAAGUAUUUACAUACUCUGGCAUAUAUAUAUAUGUAUGAUAUCUCCAUCAAUGAGAGUAAAGAAAAUCAAACAAAAGAAGACUUUGUGAGAGAAUGGGUUUAACUUUGAGAAUGUGGGUUGCAAGUCUGCUCCUCCUUACACAUCUUCUUCAUGGAGCUCUCUGUUGGGGAGACGAUGGUCAUUAUGCUGCAGUUGAAGGGGUUGCACCUGCAACAGAGAGGCUGGGUCCGCCACUGUGUUGGGGAGACGAUGGUCAUUAUGCUGUCUGCAAAAUAGCUCAGGGAUAUUUUGAGGAAGAAACUGUAGUUGCAGUGAAGAAACUUCUGCCAGCGUAUGCAGAUGGUGAACUAGCAGCUGUUUGCUCAUGGCCUGAUGAAAUCAAACGCCUCCCUCAGUGGAAAUGGACUGCAGCUUUGCAUUUUGCUGAUACACCUGAUGACAAAUGCUACUAUGACUAUUCUCGGGACUGCCCUAAUGACUGGUGUGUGACAGGAGCAAUCUUCAAUUACACAAACCAACUGAUGUCAGCUUCUAAAGACUCACAGAGUAUUGUCCACUAUAACUUGACAGAAGCUCUCAUGUUCUUAUCACAUUAUAUGGGAGAUGUCCAUCAGCCCUUGCAUGAAGGUUUUCUUGGAGAUCUAGGUGGUAACAAAGUAAAAGUCAACUGGUACAAUCAAGAAACUAAUUUGCACCGUGUUUGGGAUGACAUGAUAAUUGAGUCUGCUCUAGAGAAAUAUUACAAUUCAAGCCUUUCAGUCAUGAUUCAUGCCCUUCAAGACAAACUCAAGUACGGAUGGUCAAAUGAUGUUUGGUCGUGGGGGUCAUGUCAACUUAACCAAACAGCCUGCCCAAAUCCAUAUGCCUCUGAAAGCAUUGAUCUUGCCUGCAAGUAUGCUUACAGAAACGCUACCGCAGGGACUACUUUAGGAGAUUACUACUUCCUCUCUCGGCUGCCCGUUGUAGAGAAGAGAAUUGCACAAGGCGGCGGGAUUCGCUUGGCAGCGACUCUAAACCGAAUCUUUUCUGUGAAACCGAAGCUCGCUACCGCAUGAAACUAAGACCGAUUAGGCCUUAUUGUCUUUUCAUAAGCAUGCACGUCUCCUAGCUCAGAGCCUCUCAUGUAAUGGUAGUAUUAAAGUUAUGUUAUGCGUGCUACUGUUCUGAGUUUCAAUUAUAAUAAUUAGUAACCUAAGCUCUCAUGUAAUGAUAGUUAAGGUUAUGUUAUCCGCUGCUAUUGUUCUGAGCUUUAAAAGAUAUCAAACGAAAAUAUCCUCAUUUACGUA